CGGUAGAGAGCCUACUAGUUUUCAUCCAAAACGAACAAUUCUUUUUUUCCUUUCUCUUACACACAAUAGUCAACUCUCAACAGUCAUUUCUGGAUUUUCAAGAAUCCAAAAAAUCACCAAACCCCCAAAAAAAAUCCCAAUUCCAAAAACCCUAAAAUCAAAAAUCAAUCAUGGAUCCACUCUACCAAACCCUAACCAUCCUCCCAUUCUCAAUCCUCCGGCCACCACGUCUCCGCCUCAAACUACCCACAAUCACACUCCCAUCACCCAUGACCGUUUUCUCCCUAAUCCUCAUCACCUACUUCCUCGUCAUCUCCGGCGUGGUUUACGACGUUAUUGUUGAACCACCAGGUAUCGGAUCUACUCAAGACCCACGAACCGGAACAGUCCGACCAGUUGUUUUUAUGUCGGGUAGAGUCAAUGGGCAGUAUAUUAUUGAAGGGCUUUCAUCUGGGUUCAUGUUUGUUCUUGGUGGGGUAGGUAUUAUACUUCUUGAUCUUGCGGUUUCUGUUCCGAAUAGACCGAAAAGCGUUAAGGUUUCAUUUGCUGGUGCUGGUGUUGCGUUUGUUGUUAUUGGUUAUGUUAUGAGUAUGUUGUUUCUUAGGAUUAAGAUUCCUGGUUAUCUGCAUUGAUUCGGGUUUUGGUUCGGUUUUUUUUAAUUGAGUGUGUUUGGAAUUAUGAUGUUUACGGAUUUUAGUAAUACUAAUAUGUUAACAUUUCUAUGAUAUUGUUGUUCAAUGCCAAACAAAAUAGGAUUAUCUGAUCAUACUUUUUAAA